AAAUAGGGAGACGAAAGAAGCUGCCAUAGUAGGAUAGUAUUUACUCGUCUGUGACCGCAAACACGCUGUAGCUUGGCGGUUGUAUGCAUAGUUGGCUUUCCUGUGGUAUUUGCUCUUCAGUAUUCAGAUAACAUAUGCGCGUAUACAUUUUCAUUUUUACAGUGAAUUGUCUAUAUAUAUGCAUUUUUACAUUGAAUUGUCUAUUAUAGCGGUUCAACGUAGCCGUUUUGGAAGUAUUUUUACAGUGAAUUGUCUAUGUAUAUGCAUUUUUACAGUGAAUUGUCUAUUAUAGCAGUUCAACGUAGCCGUUUUGGAAAGUUUUCUGGCUAAACUUGAUGAUUUUGACGCGUCGAAAAAGACACUACCUAAUGCGUUGUCAUUGUGCCAAAUGUGUCGACAAUUUCAGGUCGUCGAACCAAACAGGAAGUUACUGGCGCUUGAAUCACCGUACAUUUGUCGAAUUGAUUGUUCCACGUAAUACUUACCAUAUCACCAAUAGGGUCACACAGCAUCUCAUUUUAAAUGCAGAAGAGUAGUCUUGAAUUUGCUGGUGUAGAAGUCUCUAAAUUUCUUUGUCUAUCAUUUUAGGUAAAAGAGCUGCAUAAUAGUGAGAAGGGACUGGAGGAUUUUGCCAGUUUUGGAAGAUAAUCCUAUUCUAAGUGGAGAAUUGUGUUUAUAGAAACAAAAAUGAGAAGGAAGGAAGCCAUAGCAGGAUCUAGAAGGAGUGCUCGAAUAUCUGCAUUGGAGGAGAAAGCGCGUGAGCUGGCUCUCCAAAGACGCGCAAAACAACUAGCUGCUUCUUCGUCACCGCCAUUACCAUUACCAGCUGCUAGAAAGAGAGGACGAAAGCGCAAAAGUCUUCAAUCAGUGGUAGUUAAUUCUGUUACUCCUCACAAGGAAGGAGAAGACCCAAAACACGAAGACAAUGCAACAAAAGCUGAAAUGGAAAAUUUGUCAUCUUCACAAGGGAUGCCAAAGAAAGAAACACUGGAGUUUAUCCUUGACGUACUGCAAAGGAGAGACACACAAGAGAUAUUUGCACAGCCAGUUGACCCCCAACAGGUAUGCAAUGUGGCUGACUAUUACAAUAUUAUCAAAGAGCCAAUGGAUUUUGGCACAAUGAGGGCUAAACUACAGGAAGGAAUGUACACAAGUUUUGAACAGUUUGAGCGAGAUGUGUUUCUGAUAUCCAGCAACGCAAUGAAGUUCAAUUCUUCAACUACUGUAUAUUAUACAGAAGCUCGAGCUAUAAGUGAAUUAGCUGAAAGGCUUUUUCGAUCUUUAAGAACUGAACCCGAGAGUUUUCAAUUGGAGUAUACGCGAACAAGAAGACGCUCUGGUAAAAAACCACAAGUGGAAGUUGCAACUGACGCUAAUAAACCUUCUGCUUCAAAACAUGGUCUUCCUCUUAAUCAUAAGAGAGUUAAUUACCAACCAUUCGCUUUCAAGCCUCGCAUUGGUCAAACCAAUAAUCAGUUUCUAUCGAGUAAGAAAUCACACCAAGGAAAUGGUAGGAGUUUAUUAAAUUCUUCAGAAAUUGAAAAGCGUAUGACAUAUCUGCCUCAGAAUUUCUUCCGCACUGAGAAUGACAAGAUCAUUUCAUCAGUUUAUAAUAUGCCAAAACAGCUUGCCCAUGCUCCUAUUGCAUGUGGCCAAUAUAGAGAGAGUCUAAUGCAAUUUGUUAAAGAUUUAGGACCAGCAGCACAAAUUGCUGCAAACAAGAAACUAGGAAAAUAUUUUCUUCAGAAUCCUUAUAGUAACCAAAUUUCUAACCCUUCUGGUUCCUAUAAAGGAAAGAUGGUUUGUACUAAUGGUGGAUUAGGAGAAGAUGCUAAUUAUAGUUCGUCCAAAGCAAAUUACAAUUCGGACCUUCUUAUGGCAAGUCUUAUGCAAAUUAGUGCUGUUCAAGAUAAAGCUAAUCAUACUCCAUCAGGAUCUUAUUACCCUCUCACAGGAUAUGAAAAUUUACCUGUUCCACCUCCUCCUCCUCCUCCUCUUCCUCCUCUUCCUCCUCCUUCUGUUAUGGUUUCGAGUUCUUUACUGUAUCCAAAUGGAGAGGCAGGACCCAGCAAUGCUGUUCCGGCUCCGGCUCCGGCUCCGGCUCCAGCUCCAUCGUGGGGCUCACCUUCUAUGUUGUUAAAGGGAUCAACUCAUCAAGAAAUGCCAUCAUUCAGGAGAAUGAAUUAUGUUCAAGGAGAGCCUAUUGAGGAGCUGUUUUGGAAUCCACAAGCGCAGCAAUUCAACUUCAUGAAUGGUAAGCUUCAGCCUGAUUUGAAUCUUCAGCUUUGAGUUUUACAGUCUAAAUUUUGUAUCCUGAAAAGGUUAAAGUGAUGAUGCUGCGACCUGAUGACUGCUUCCUUCUUUACUGUACCUGAUGUUAUUUUGGAUUUUUUUUUUUUUUUUUUUU